AUGGGUGACAUCGGCGACAUGACCAGCCCAUCUCUUGCGACCACAUACCAAUACUACGAAGAAGACAAGCUCCAAGACUUCAUCGACGCAGCCACCACACUUCGUCGCAAGCCUUCGAAGUUUGAGGGUAGCCUGAAGCUGCGUGGUCUGCAGCCGAGGGUCAGCAUCGCCGACCUACGCAAGCGCUCUGGCAUGUUUGGUGAGGCCAAGGAGGAUACAAAGCAACAGAUGAACCUCCAGUACGACAAGGACGGACGCAGCAUGCACGCCGAGUAG